UUCAAAAUUAAUAAAGAUUUUCCAAAUUAAAGAAAAAUGGGACUGAUUAAGGAUACUGCCUCAUUUGUGAAGGAAAACUGGAAGGUUUUACUUCUGUUUGGGACGCUGCUAGUGGCAUUUUUUGGAAUUGUUUAUCUGGUAAUGGCACUUAUGGCUUUUGUGAUUACAUGGUAUGGGUCAUUUUUGGUAAUGUUUGUGAUCUUCUUCUUCGUUAGCAGAAAAAUAGCAAAGGUUAUGGUAUUCCCAGGCCACUGUAGCUUCUUUAAAAGAAGCGUAGAGUUUGCACAAUGUAAAAAGAUGUGCUCUCAAGUUAUUGGACAAGUUCUUGAACAGAGAUAUUCCCUGGAUGUGAUGACUUAUACACUAAUCGACUUUGAGAGGAUCACCGAUCUAAUAGAUGUGAACUAUAAUACUUGAGAAAUGAUCAAGUCUAUUGAAUAUACUCUAUCACGACAAAGAGAGUUAGGGACAAUCACUGAUGACCAGGAAAGCCUUCAAGAAAAGAUAGAGAUAUUAAAAGGAUCCUUCAAAAGCAUUAAUGUUUUUAUCGGUGAUCAAAGAAUGAAUUUAUGGGAUCUCGGAGAAUAUUAUGAUUCAAGAGAUGAGAAAUUUCUAAAUAAACAAUUCAAAUUUGAAAGUAUUGAUAUUGUCAAAAGAUGUGUUAGAACCUGAACUGAUUUUUGCGGUUCAUUUCAAGAGUUAGUACCGUUUAGUGAUGAUGGAGAUCCAGCUCCUGUUCCCUAUAUUGGCAAAGGAAGAGCAUUUCUGUCGAAUACCACCUUUGGAUGAAUCGAUCAAUUGAGGGUAGAAAUGGAAAAUAUGUUAUAAAAGGGGUUAAUAUCACCCUGGAUUCUGAGGAUGGCAAGAAGAUAGAUUGUAUGUUCAUUCCAGGUAUCUCCCAGAAUCCUGAACACGAAGGGAAUGAGGAGUACUCCCUUCCCACAAUGAUUUACUGUAACCCGAACGCAAUGCUUUAUGAAUAUCUACAAUAUGAUGAUGAAUGGGUUGACUUUUACAGAAACUUAGGCAUCAACCUCUUUGUAUGGAACUAUAGAGGCUUCGGAAGAUCAACAGGAUCUCCUACACCAGCCAAGAUGUAUGAAGACGCUGAGAUGAUUGUAGAAUAUCUCAGAAACGAAAGAGGCAUUAACCAAAAAAUUGGAGCACAUGGGCAAUCUUUAGGAGGACCUGUAGCAGCAUACUUAGGCAGAAACUGCAACAUAGAUUUUCUAUUUGUAGACAGAAGUUUUAGUGAAAUAGAUGUGGUAGUAGAAACUUCCUAUGGCAAAUUCUUAAAGCAUUGACUUAACCUCUUAUCAUUGUAUUCUUGGAAAUUUGAAGCUUCUAAAAACUUCAUUUAUUCAAAUACUUAUAAAGUUAUUUCUUGAGAUCCUCAGGAUGAAGUUAUCCCAGACAGAGCAUCUCUUAAGAAUGGAGUUUCAAGAGAAAUAAUUUAUGCAGAAGCAACAAGAAAGGAGAACAAGAUUUCUAUUGGUCCUAAGAAGAGAAGACAAGCCAAAGGAGUAGACAUGAAUGACUAUAGCCAUAUCAUUAACAAAGAAGAAGCUAAAGGAUUUUUCGAUUCGAUAAAAUACCUUUACAAAAUUAUCCUCAGAUUCGCAUCUUCAGAUACAAAGAAAAGGAGGAAGCUUGAGCAAAAAGAAGUUUCAGAGGAGAACAAAGAUAAUCACUUUGUUCCAUCAGGGUAUGAAUCAAAUACAAAAUUACAUGAACUAAGUCCUGACUCUGAUCACUCAGCAGCUAAUAUAAAUUACAGAUCAUCUGUCUUAACUACAGACCGCUCUUUAGCAGAGAACGACCCUCUUGAUGACAAGGAAGAAUAUAAUGAGACCUUUAAUGAAAGUGGAGUCCUGAAUAUUACUGAUACCUUCGAAAUAGACCCAAAUGAGAGAUCUAAUGAAGACAAACAGCUUGAAAGAGAGAUCAGGAAGGAAAGAAAGAAGCAAAUCAAAAGAGAACAAUUCUCAGCUUUUGAUGAUAGAAGAGAUCCUACUGACUAUGAUGUACUAAAUAGAUUUCUACUUUGAGUUCAUAAAUAUCUUGAUAAACUAGAUAGUGCAGGAAGAACCUUCAGACAAAUUUUUGGAUUAGAGGAAAAAUAUCAAUUCGAAGCUUUUAGGUAUUUCAUAAUUAAUCUAGAAGUCUAUGGCAGCUUUGUACCACUCAGUGAUCGGCUACAUGAUCCUCAGGUUACCAGAAUCUCAUCAUACCUUAAGAUAUCCAAGGUGAGGAAAGGACUUGAAGCCCUGGUAAAUGAAUUUGAAGAGACUGAUGGAAAAGUUUUCAAAGAUGUGUGGCUGAAAACCAGAAUGAUAAACUAUAAUUUCAACAAGAUAGAAGCAUUUCUAGCCAGAAAGCAUAGUCAGUCAUCCCAUAAAAAGGUUGACGAUAAGAAAUCCUUCUUUAUCGAUUAUGAUAUCGAACAUCAUCCUCCUGAAGAAGAGAAGAAGGAAUCUCCAUAUGAUUUUGAAAGCACAUUUGGAGAUGGAACUAAAAACAGUACUCCAAGAUCAGGCCUCUCUGUCGUUGAUGAUGACGAGGAUGAAUAUCAUUACGUCAAGACACUAUUCAAAGAUUUCACUGAACCAGAUGUAAUGAGAUCAGGAUACUUAAUCCCUCUCACAACCAAACACGGAGGGAUGUUCUCAAAGAAAGAAUCAAGCCUCCUUGAAACCCAUCUUAGGCAAUCUGGGUUUAUAUAAUCAACAAUUUGAAAUAUUAAA